AUGACUAAGGAUUCCUUGAGUCUAGUGGUAUGGAACCCGUAUUUGGUGCAAACCAAAUGGAUCAAACCUAGAAACAACUACCACAAAUCAGAUUGCUAUGCUAUAGGAUACGACAAGAACAAGAACUACAAAAUCUUUAGGAUGUUCUAUGAUUGUCGGAAUGAGGUAAGGCAUGAGAUCUACGAUUUUAGAUAUAAUUCGUGGAGGGCUAUCUUUCCUAGCUUUUAUCAUCCACGGUUUAGUACACGAGGCGUGUCCUUGAAGGGAAAUACUUACUUCCUUUUUGAUAAAGCGAAAGAAGGUAUAGUCUGUUUUGAUUUUACAAGUGAGUCACUUGGAGAGCCGCUGCUUCUGCCGUUUGAUGAUAAUGGUGAUGUGAUUCUAUCUUGUGUUGGAGAAGAGCAGCUUGCGUUGCUUUUAUGUAGGUGCCGGGUUAGAUAUGAGAUGGAGAUAUGGAUUACAGUUAAGGUUGAGCCGGAUGCGAUGUGGUGGAGCAAAUUCUUUAAAGUUGAUGAUAUCCAACUUGUGCGUGGAUCUCACUUUCAAUCUUUGUUUAAAGUUCAGAGUUUCUUCAUUGAUAAAGAGAAGAAAAUAGCAGUUGUUAGUGGCAAAGACUAUACCUAUUUUAGCCGCGAGAUAUUGAUCGUUGUUGGAGAGGAUGGGUGCUUCCAAGAAAUUGAUACGAGAGAUGUGUUCUCUUAUGUGCCAAGCUUGGUGAAGAUACAAUAA